UCACUUCUCCCCUUCCCUGUUUCCGAGGCAAUGCCCAAGGUGAAAAGGAGCAGGAAGCCUCCCCCGGAUGGCUGGGAGCUGAUCGAGCCCACGCUGGAUGAGCUGGACCAGAAGAUGCGAGAAGCGGAGACGGAGCCUCACGAAGGGAAGAGGAAAGUGGAAUCCCUUUGGCCUAUCUUCAGAAUUCACCACCAGAAAACACGUUACAUCUUCGACCUCUUCUACAAGAGAAAAGCUAUCAGCAGAGAGCUCUACGAGUACUGCAUCAAGGAAGGCUAUGCUGACAAAAACCUGAUAGCCAAGUGGAAGAAGCAGGGCUAUGAGAACCUCUGCUGCCUGCGCUGCAUCCAGACCCGCGACACCAACUUCGGAACCAACUGCAUCUGCAGGGUGCCCAAGAGCAAGCUGGAAGUGGGGAGAAUCAUUGAGUGCACUCACUGUGGAUGCAGAGGCUGUUCCGGGUGAAGCCUUUAGCCCUGAGGCUACUUUUUGAACUCUGAGGGGUCUCAUCCUGCACGGGGCCUGUUGGUGCAGUUAAAGCUGCCUCCUGCAUGGUCGGGUGUUUCUGCAUAGCCAUUGAACCAGCAACCUACUCAAUCUGGAUCAUACAUACAAUGGUGGUGGGUUUGGGGUAGAUUUUAUGUAGCCAUUUAUUUUAAAAUAAAGUUUGCCCUCCCCAGAGA